AACAUCCUCUAACAAACCGCCUGCCGAAACCCAUCUCUCGCUUCUAAUCAACGACAACCAGACUAAGACAAUCUCUCUCUCUCUCUCUCUCUCUCUCUCUCUCUCUCUCUCUCUCCGCGUCUGAUUUCUUUCUGCAUCAGACGCGUCUCUGAUUUUUACAUGAAGAAGUCUCACAGAAAGACGCCACCCGUCUCGUAUUCUCCUCUCUUUCCUCUCCCAAUCCAAUCCCUAUUUGAAUUCUUUUCCUUUCCCAAUCCGUCUCUGAUCCGAUCUCAUCUCCUUUGAAUCCCUCUUUCGAUCCCAACCAUUCGAUGAUUCCGGAUCCGAAUGUCAUCCUGUACACCUGCAUUUCCAAAGGAACCACAAUCCUCGCCGAUUUCAGCUCCGGAGACCGCGAUCUCGAAACCCUAGCCCCGAAAUGCCUCGAGAAGGCCCCCAGUUUCCACCGUAUUUACACCCACACCAUCAGGAAGAGGAUCUACAUGUUCCUGAUGGAAGAUCCGUUCGUCUAUUUCGCUAUUGUCGACGAAGAUUUCGGCAAAUCGCAAGGUCUCGACUUCCUCCGCCGCGUAAGGGACACUUUUGUGGCGGAGAUCGUGAAGGACCGGAAGAUCGACGGCUCGGAUUCUCUGAGCUACGGCUGUUUCAACGAUGAGUUCCGCUCGGUUUUCCACCGGCUGAUGCGCCCCGCGGAAGACGGGGAUCCGAUCGGUGAUUCAGAUGUACUGUUGCUCCGGAAGCCGAAGAAGAGAUCGUCGAACGGCGACGAAGCAGCCAGCGUGGCUGGCAAUGUAGAAAACAGGGUGGAUGUGCCAGCCGACGCUAGCGUGAGCCGGGAGUGCUCGGACUCCCCACUGCAAAAGAGCGGAGGGAAUGUCUGUGGAAGGCAGCAGGCGGGCAGGAUGUGGAGGCGGCAUGUCCGGAUCGUGCUACUCAUUGACUUUGUCGUCUGCUGCAUUCUUUUUGGCGUGUGGUUAUCAAUCUGCAAGGGAUUCCGCUGCGUCGAGCGGUGAAUCCCCAUUGCCAAUUGUAAGUUGGCUGUUCUGCCGGCCAAGCAAUUUGAUGAAGGUAACAUGAACUACGACACAUUACAAUGUAUUUGAUUGUUUGUUGUUAAUAUGUUCUUGAAUUCCCCUCUUGUUUCUGAGUUUGUGAUGGAUGGCGUUAACUGCCGGGAUGAGCGAAUAGCAAAUUUUGAAUAGGCCCGGCUGACAGGCCUGAUGUCUGCAGUUGAAAAUUCAGGGCUGGGAUUGUUCCAGACCUGACAAUGUGGGUGAUUUUUAGGGGGUAGGGCUUCUUUGAUCUGUUAUUGGAUAAUGUGGGUGAUUUUUAGGGUUUGUUGUGCGGUUCACACUAUACUUGUUUUCAAAAGAAUGUUUGUGACAUUACAUGUAACUGUGAAUAGUUCAGAAAAUGAAAUCAGUAAGCAUUGAACGCUGACUUUUUA